AGAUAGCAGACUCAAAUUCUUUGGAGGAAAAAUUUAGUCAAUUUUUGGAUAUAUGGGUGGAAAUAUCAACAAAUGAAACUGAAGAAUUAGCGGAUAUAGACGAAGAAGAAAAAGAAUUUUCUUUACUAGUUGAUGAUAUUAUUCACCCAGCGGUCGAUUCUAGUACCAAAUAG